CCCCGCGCCCAAAUGCUCAGCCCUCCCCAGCCCGGGGCUCACCUAAUCCCCACAGUGGGAGUCGGGGGGCCUUUGCACCCGAGCCGAGGUCUAGGGUUGCACCACGGUGACUUCACACGCAGCACCAUGUGCAGCUGAGCGACCGUGCAGCCGUCUCCCGCGAGGUGGGCAGCGAGGUCAGCCUGGCAGCCGCUGCCUCCCUCUAGCUCCGAUCUGGCCACAGGCAGCCGCUGCCCCGGGACCCAGCGAGGGGAUGGCCGACCAGGAAGCCAGCGGGCUUCAGGUCCUGCUGCGCACGCUUCAGAGGUCCUCUGACAAGGAGUCCAUCCUGACCAUCCUCCAGGUCCUCGGAGAUCUGCUUUCUGUUGGCACUGACCGAAGGAUUCGCUACAUGAUCAGUAAAGGGGGCAGCGAGGCGCUUCUGCAGACCCUGGUGGACACAGCCAGGUCAGCUUCUCCAGACUACGAUGUCCUGCUGCCCCUCUUCCGACUGCUGGCCAAAGUGGGCCUACGAGAUAAAAAGUUUGGACAGAAGGCCCUGGAAUUGGAAGCACUUGAUGUGACAUUGAUUCUGGCCAGGAAAAACCUGUCCCACAGCCAGAACCUCCUUCACUGUCUCUGGGCUCUGCGUGUGUUUGCCUCUAGUGUCACCACGGGAGCCAUGCUGGGAAUUAAUGGAGCCAUGGAACUGCUUUUCAAGGUCAUCACCCCUUAUAGCCAGAAGCGCACCCGAAUAAUCAGGGCAGCCGCCGAAGUCCUGGCAGCACUGCUGAAAUCCAAGUCCAACAGCCGCAGGGCCGUGAACAGAGGCUAUGUCGCCAGCUUGCUCAGGCUGCAUCUGGACUGGCACCACCGGGACGCCGCCAAUGCCUACGUGCGGAUCCGCCGGGCGCUGCUGCUCUGCCUCAGGCACGUUGCCAACCUCCGGUCUGGCAGGGAGGCCUUCCUGGCAGCCCGGGGCAUGGAGAUCCUCUUCAGCUCCGCCCAGAACUGCCUGGACGACAAACGCUUGGAGCCUGUCAUCUCCGUCAUGAUUCAGAUCCUGAGGCAGUGUUACCCCAGGAGCCCGCUUCCCUUGGUCACAUCCAGCAGCGCGUAUGCCUUCCCGGUCCCGGGGAGCAUCCCCCCUGAGCCUCCAUGUGCUCUAACUGAAGAGGAUUUUGAAGAUGAUGCUGACGAAGAAGUGGAUCAAGAUUCAGACUCCGAAGAUACGAAAGAGCAAGAUGAUGACUUGGAAACAGAUGUGAACAAGCUGAGUUCCAAGCCUGGUCUUGACCGGCCUGAAGAGGAGCUGAGGCAGUAUGAGGCCAUGUGCCUGGAGCUCUCCUGCAGCUUUGAGGAACUUGAGUCUAAACCUGGAGAUAAUUUGAACUUUGAAGAGCCUCAGGAUGCCGAGCACUACCACAUUCCGCCUGUGACCUCCCCAAAGCAGCAUUAUUUGACUAAGGACCAAAGCUCCUGGGGGCAGGAAAGAGAAGCCAUGGUCCAGACUUCUCUUCUGAGCAUGGUGAAGAUGGGAAGGUCCACCAUGCAUCCAGCCUCCAAAAGAGGCCCUGGGAUGAAUGCAUACCAAAAUAUGCAGUCAAAUGGUCUUGGGAAAGAUUCUUCUGGAAGAGAAGCCCCUGACAGUCAAGCUUCCCUCAAACAGGAUGCUUGGGACAUAGACGUGAUUUCCUGCCCAAUGAUGAGUGCCUCCCUCUCCAAUUCUGCUAGGCCUACAGAAACUGCUGAAGUAAUAGAUAAGCUUCUGCAGACACAUCCCAAGCAUAUCCCCUUCCAUGACCCCCAUCUCUAUAUGGCCAAAGCCAGAAGAACCAGAUCUGUGGCUGACUUCAAGAAGAUGGCAUUUCCCGACCUCUGGGGUCACCGUCCACCUCCCUCUGCUCAGUCCAUGCUGGAACGCAAAUGUGGAGUCCAAAGGAUCAAGAUAUUUGAGGAUGUCCGGAGGCUCAUCGAGCCAAGUGAUGUUAUAAAUAAAGUCGUCUUCAGCUUAGAUGAGCCUUGGCCUUUGCAAGACACCGCUUCCGACUGCUUGCGGUUCUCCUCCAAGUUCGAGUCAGGAAAUCUGCGCAAAGCCAUCCGAGUGCGCGAGUGGGAGUACGACUUGCUGGUCAACACCGAUGUGAACAGCAGCCAGCACCAGCAGUGGUUCUACUUCCAGGUGAGCGGCAUGAGGGCGGCCGUCCCUUACCGCUUCAACGUCAUCAACUGUGAGAAGCCCAACAGCCAGUUUAAUUACGGGAUGCAGCCGACUGUGUAUUCUGUGAAGGAGGCUCUUCUGGGCAGACCCACCUGGAUACGGAUGGGCUAUGAAAUCUGUUAUUACAAGAAUCAUUAUCGCCAGCGCACAGCUGCCACGGGAGGAGCAUCUGAGAAGUGUUUUUACACCCUCACCUUUGUGGUCACCUUCCCGCACAAUGAGGAUGCCUGCUACCUGGCCUACCACUAUCCCUACACCUACACAGCCCUACUGACUCACCUUGACACCCUGGAAAGAAGUGUGAACCCCAAGCAAGUCUACUUCCGCCAGGACGUUCUCUGCCAGACGCUGGGAGGGAAUUCAUGUCCACUGGUGACCAUCACGGCCAUGCCUGAGUCCAAUAGCGCUGACCACCUGGAGCAGUUCCGGCAGCGUCCAUACCAGCUGAUCACUGCCCGAGUGCAUCCGGGAGAGAGCAACGCCAGCUGGGUGAUGAAGGGGGCCCUGGAGUUCCUGGUCAGCAGUGACCCUGUGGCUAGACUCCUACGGGAAAACUUCAUUUUCAAGAUCAUCCCCAUGCUCAAUCCAGACGGUGUCAUCAAUGGCAACCACAGAUGCUCACUGAAAGGGGAGGAUUUGAACAGACAGUGGCUCUCUCCCAGCGCUCGUCUCCAGCCAACGAUCUACCACGCCAAAGGGCUCCUGUACUACCUGAGCAGUGUUGGCCGAAGUCCCAGGGUCUUCUGUGAUUUCCAUGGCCACUCUCAAAAGAAGAAUGUAUUCCUUUAUGGCUGUAGCAUCAAGGAGACCUUGUGGCAAGCAGAGUCCAGUGUGGGCACAUCGAAUCUCUUGGAAGACAUCGGCUACAGGACUCUUCCCAAAAUCCUUGAUAAGCUCGCCCCAGCAUUCACGAUGAGUAGCUGCAGCUUCCUCGUGGAGAAAUCCCGAGCCUCCACGGCCCGGGUGGUGGUGUGGAGAGAGAUGGGGGUGUCCAAAAGCUACACCAUGGAGAGCAGCUACUGUGGUUGCAACCAGGGACCCUAUCAGGGUCUCCAGUUUGGCACCAGUGAGCUGGAGGAGAUGGGAGCCAUGUUCUGCUUGAGUUUACUCAUCUUGGAACUCAAGUCCGUACGCUGCAGCCGUCAGCUCCUGACCCGGGCCGCGACUCUCCUGAAUGCGGUUGAAGAAGCCCUGGACCACCACCUCCAACGACGUAGCAGCAGCAGCAGCGUGACGUCAGAACUGGAUGAUGAGCCCCCCUGCAUGGAGGAAAUUGACUACAGUACAGACAGCAGCUCAGACCUAGAAGGGAGCUUCUCUGAGCUGGACCGGCAGAUCCAAGAGUGCGCUUUCAACACGGACGAGGAAGGGGAAGAAGAAGAGGGGCCAGGCCAGGGAAGAAAAGCCAUCCCUUAGCCCUGAGGUUCAGAGUGAGCUCCAUAUCUUUAACCAUGGGACGAGCAGCUGUGUUGUUUCUUCACCAUCAGACUUGUACAGCGUCGGUGGCAAAAGCCAGCCCGUGUGAGCCCAGCAACCGAAUGCCAGAUUUUGUUUUAGUUUCACUAGGCAUAGAGACUGGCCACAUUACAAUUCUACCUUUUACAUACAUCGUUAGGUGGCCUUUGGAGCCCAUGCAAGCUGCCAUUAUUCUAGAAAGGGCUACUCUCAGGAUUACCAUGGAUCUUCUCAUCACUAUUUUGAGCUCUUCCCCCUUCCUGUGCUUGAAACUGGAGCUGACUGCAAGUUGGAGUUGGGCUUCUUUUUGACUUCUCAGCCAGAUUUCUGUAUGGUUGUCUGAGCUGUUCUACGUAUGAGUGUUCUCUCUGAUAGUUGUAUUCCUACUAUAGCAUCUGAACUCCUCAGCACAAAUUAUGAGCCCCACUGAGAACCUCUGAGGGUCCUAGCAGGGUCUUCAGUUGCUGAAUUCUUGAGCCUGAAUGGCCACACAACAGAGGGGAAUUUGCAAGCCUCAUGCUUAGUCUGUUUUAACAACAUAUAUUUUACAGAUCCAGUAUACCCAGAAACCGUCCUAGAUUCUAAGGGAAAAGACACAGUACCGAAUAAGACAUGGCCAUUGGUCUUUACAAAUUUUAAAAUCCUAUGAAUUCAGGCCACUAACCAUGAUGCUGGAAGGCAGCAAGUCAUGGUGGAAAAAUCAUUCAUUUCAGACGGAGACAGAUGGGGCUCAUAUCCUGGAUUUGGCAGUCAGUUGUUAGGAGAACUAAGGCAACUAAUUACAUUUUCCCAAACCUCAGUUUUCUUGUAUGUACAAUGGAGAUGAACAUUAUAUAUAUGAUAAAGUUAUUGUGAAGAUGAAAUGAGAUAAUAUAUAAAAGUAUACAGAUUGGCCCAUGGUAGGUACCCAAUAAUGUUGGCUGAUUUUCCUCCUUAACACAAGUAGAGCAUUGUGCAUAGGCAUUCUCACAGUUACAGAAGACAUCACCUGCAGUCACAUGUUUAGAAGGUACUCACUCCCUCUUCCUGGAAAGAAUCUGGGAAGGAGGUUACAGAGGAGCAGAGUGUAGGAGGUUGAAAAGUCAUAAAGUAAGUGAAAUGGAGUAAGGAACUUUGGCACGCAGAGGCAAAUAGCUUGGAGACUUAGAUGAUCUUUAGCUGGACAGGACCCAAGCAGAAAGGAUGAGACGGCAGAUACUGAAAUGAGAGAUAAUCUGGAGAAAAUACGGUAGGUUGAAUUUAUGUUUGUCCAGAUGCCAUCUAUAUUUAGUUAUGAUUAGGUUUAGCUAUAAGAAAAGGAGAAUCCAAAAUUGCAGUACCUUUGUAAAACAAAAUCUGUUUAUCUUCUAUGUGGAUUCCAGAUAUUGGCAGGUCAGAGCUGGUAUCCUGAGUACCUGGUGUCCAGGACCCAGUUUCUAUGGCUUUUUAGCUUUGCUGCUUGUUGCUUCUGUCUAGCCGAAGAUGCCUACCAAAGCAUCAGCCUUUGCAUCUACGUCCCAGUCAGCAAUAAGAAGGAUAGAGAAAGAAGAACUCAUUCGCCAUAUUUCAAAAAGUUAUACAUUGCACUUCUCCACAAUUCCACCAUCUAACAAGUGGCCCUGUGGCCACAGGUACCUGCAAUAGAGGUUGGAAAAUAUAGUCUGUGUUUGAGCUGGGCAUAGGGAAAAGAGGAUAAUGCACACUGGGGAUCAAAUAUUGGCAAAUACUUCUCUUGAUAAACCAAUCACCACCAUGAGAUUUUGGAAACAAUAAUUUCAGAAAAAAACUCUCAGCAGCCCUCUAGACCAGCAGAAAGCCACACUGUAAGACUUUGCCAUCAUUUAACCCUGAGGCAUAGGAGAAAGGCAGGUGUGUUAUGAUUCGAAGAGCUGAUAAUAUUAUUCUAUGAUUAUUAUUAUUACUUUUACUGCUACUACUACUAUGACUGAUAAUCCCUUCUUCUUCCAACUCCUUUCCGAAUUUCCUUGCUAUAGUUCAGAAACCACAUAUCCAUUCUUGGUGUUAAGACACUCAAAUGGCUGAAACAUAUAUAAGAGGUUUAAGGGAAGUAGCAAAGACACCACAUUCAAAUCCUAGAUAACAGUAGGGCUUAACUGCUCUUAUAAACCUUUCCACUCUUUAAUAGAGGAUAGAAAAAUGUUUCUGUUCUCCCCUUGCUUGGAGGAGUCAGGAAGACAGUUGUGUUGAAAACAUAAAUGUUGGGAGGGCUGGGAAUAAUAGUGACUCAUCGUCGCCACUUGAUGCCUCAUCUGGCAUUCAUUUUUGGGGGUGAGCUUCCAGUCACCUGACAUUGUUUCUGAGGGCAAGUGACCCAGACAUGAAAACUUCUAUGUAGCAGGUUUAGGAAAAGCUGGGGACAUGGAACAUGUGAUUGAGUCAUGUAACAAACAUACAUUAAGCACCAACUGUGUGUCGUGUAUUUCACUAAGCCCCAAGGAUGCAGGGGAAAGGAACUAUUCUGUUUGCAAGUGGGAAAGAUGAACAGUAAACAUCUUAAUACAGUGGCUCACGCCUCUGUAGAACUCUGGAGAAGAUCAUCUAAUGGGGCAGUGAUGGUGGGAAACAUCUACCGAGAGAUGAUAAUUGAGGUGAUGCUUGAAGGACUCGCAAGAGUUGUCAGGUAAAAUGGAACAAACAUGCUAAGGAGUAGAAUGACUUUGUGCAAAAGCCAUGUGGUGGGGUUAGAGCUUGGAACAAAAUCAUGAUUGUGACUGGUUUAAAAGAUGUGUUUGUAUGUGGGCACCAGAGGGGAGUGACAAGAGAUGAACAUGAGAACAUGGGCCUCAACCUGAUCAAGGAACAUUGGACAUGGAAAGGGCCAGAUGGGAAGGUUGGUCUUCGUUCUGAAUGUGCUGGCAGAGACCAAGAAUCUUCAGCAGAAGCAUGCCCAGGAAUGAUGUCUGCGGGCAUCAUUAGGACUGCCGUCCCACUGACUGGAUACUCUGCUAUGGUGGUAGCUCGGUAGUAUGACAGCCCUCGGUGUGACAUGACCCUCUUUGCAGAUCAGCAGGUUUUCAGUAAGAGGAGAGAUCAUGAGUGCAGUUUGGGGUCAUGUUGAAUAUUGGGCGCCAAUGACAGCUCCAUCGGGAAUGGGCUUCUAGAAGUGAAUCAGUAGAAGAAGAGGCAUAAACAGCAAGAUGGGGACUGGUGGGAGUCUUGAGUAACUAAGCCCAGGUGCCAGUCAGCUGAGGAGGAGUUUGCUCAGAGGAAACAAAAGAGUUAGGGAGAGAGCUGACUUCCGUCCCUUCUCACUGGGACUGAAGACCACUGUGUGAUACACCUCACUGAUUUUCAGUCUUGGGGGAGAGAAGGCUCACUGGCAAGUCAACUCCAGAUAGUGAUAGGAGUGGCUUUUCCAGCCCGGCCAGACAUGUGUCUUGCUGGCCAAACCACUACAGUGAAUUGUUCUGAAAACCCUCUUCCACCGAACUCAGAGCCAAACAAGAUUACUCAAGGAUUCCAGGCAGUGAUGGGCUCUAAUGGGAAGCAGACGUGGUUCAAAGUGUGCAGGGGGGAUGCGAGUCUGGAGCACUGAUGCUGGAGCCAGACCAUGGGCACAGGUGUGCCAGACCAGCUGGUCCUCAGUGCCCUGCCUGGCCGGGCUAGGACAGGAAGGGAGUGAGCAGUGGGGCUGCAGUUUCCUGGGGGUAGCCUUUCUCAGAUGGGCAAAUGUGGGUAGCUAGCCUUUUAACCUCUAGGACAUCCCAUUUGGGGUAGAGAAGUACAAGGCUUCUUGUGAUCCCCUAAGGAUCAUACUUUCAGGAUCCCCUAAGGGUGGAAUCUGCUGGCUACUCUUGAUACUUUUCCAUGGCAAAGGACUUUUUAGCUCCAUAGUUCCCACAGAAGAAAAAGCCCUGCACAACCCAGCCCCCACUCUUCUCUGCUGACUUAGUUUCUACUUAUCUGCAGUCUCUUCCAUUUGUCAUGGGACAUAGCUUUAUUUGAUCUCACUGCACAUAUGUGUGUGUGAACACGCAUAGACACACACAGAGAUGCCUGCACACAUGUGCGCGCACACACACACACACACACACACACACAUACAAUCAUUUCUCGAGCCACAAAGCUCCCUAAAUACCUUCUUUGAUUUUUCACACAUUUUCACAUUUUUCCUCUGUCUCUGAUGAGCAUCUCCCGUUAUGCGAUUUGGGCAUUUCAAGACCCAGUUCAAAUAACACCUUCCUUCUAUUCGACCUUUCCUAAUCAGCCCAGCCAGGUUCUAGAAUCUUUCAUCUAGGUCUCUGCUGCACUAUUUCUACGUCCCUCCUGAAGGGUGCUCUUUAUUUACAAUUUUUUUAAAGAUUUUAUUUAUUUAUUUGACAGAGAGAAAUCACAAG